AUGCCACCACCAAAUUCACCUGGGGUAGUCAAGACCCGCGAGUUACCCACCAACUACAAGGUUACCCAGGAGCCGAUGCUACGCAGGUCGGUGUCAAAACCUGCUGUCGACAUAGAGGAGCCACCGAUAGUGGCACUAGAGUCGUUAAAUGAUCCGAAACAAGUGGAUCUGUAUGAUUCUGAUCUCCCAACCUCGGAGGAUAUUUGGCAGACCUUUAGGGACCUAAAGAAUGCCUUGGUGCCGUCAUCGGAAGUUGAUUGGCCUCUAUGUUGUAUGGUAGGUAUGGAAAAGUCGAAAUCUCCACCUCCAGGAGCUUUGGAAUGCCUGAAUUCCCAGGAAGUUUCCUUGAAAAUAUUUCCUCAAGAAAAUAAUGCUGCGGAGGGACUCAUCAACUGGGAAAUAGACGGAAAGUCUGUCAAUAAUUCCCAGAAGCGACGUAUUUUUUACGACGGAGAAAUCGUCCUUGAUAAAAUUACUAUUGGUGAGGAAGAAGAUCGCGCCCUAGACGAUUGGAUAAAAUCAGAGGGACUAAACGAACCUUACAGCGAUAUUGAUGAGUUUGAUAUGCUGUUGAGCUUAGCUAGAGAACAGGAGAAAAAUCGGAAAGUUCUGUUUGACUUGUUAAAGCCCAAAAAUCUUCAUAGCACACAGGCAGAGGAUGAAAAAAAGUCUUCAAUGGUAUUUGAAAAAAUACCUUGUAAAAUCGAUGCUGUGGAGCCGCAGUUGAGAAAAACUGUGCCCGAUGAAAUGAUGCCGGAAAAUAUUCCUGAAGACGACAUUUCAGAGAUAUAUAUUGAAGAGUCUCUUAAGGAAAUGCAACUGAAUGCGCUUAGACCAGAGCGUCCCAUUAUACUUGACGUUAAAGAUAUUGGAUCAGUCCCGCCGAAGCCCCAAGAUGAGGCAGCGAUUCAGGAUUGGCUACAGCAAUGUAGUAGCACCAUUUCCCAGCAACUGCAAUUUCUAAUCAAUGAGGAGAGUGUCAAGCCAACAUCUACGGAAUCUGGAGCCAUUGAUUUCGAAAGCGAGAUAGACAAGGAGCAGAUGAUGACCCGAAGUUCAGGAAGGUGCAUCAGAACGUCUCCCCUAGAGAACGGAUGGCAGAAUAGCUUCACAGUUCGCCUUGAGGACUCCGAGGAUAUCAUUGACCACAAUAUGACGGAAUACAGGGACCCGCAAGCCAAACGACUCCGCUCCAAGUGGAACCAGCGAUAUGGCUUCAAGUCCGCGGAGCAAUUGGGCAGGACUUUGGUGCUUCCACCCUUACCAGUUCAUACGGAGCAGUGCCGCCAGAAGAUCAGGAUCCUAAGGCAUCCCACCAAACAUCAAAGCGAGUCCCUGAGCUUGCCCGUUAAAAUGAAUUUCUGCAAACUGUUUUGUACCCUGCAAUUGAACAGAAAUUUGGAUCUUGAUAUGGCUGUAAGGACCCUGGAUAACGCCGUUUACAAUAGAGACAUAGGUGUGAUCGAAGUAAGGUAUGAGGCCACGCAGGUAGGCUGGAUAUGGGGCAAUGGCACUGUGAUGAUUAUCAACGGAAGUAGUAGCGCGAUGUUGGCCGAAAUCCAAAGCGAUAUCGUGGCGAAUACCAUGGGGAAGAUGAAUUUCGAGGCCGACCCAUCCCACAAGCUCUUACACUUACGUCUCUUUUCCAGUGCCAACUAUCCCUGGGCCGUUAAUUUACAGGAAUUUAGUGCGGUCUACUUCCUUUCUUCAGAACCAUUCCUUCGUGAAAAGAGGUUCGUCUACUAUGUGAAUGAGGAUAUGCCCGGAGUGUCAGCUAGAAUUUAUGAGUCCGGAAUGAUCCAAGUGUUUGCCAUGACCACGGCUGAGGCGGAUGAAAUGCUGAAGAAACUGUAUCUGCUUUUGGCCAGUUAUCGAAAGCCCGAAAUCAAGCCUAAGAAUUAA